UACCAACCGCUAUCCUCAGCCCCCAAGACAGAGCUGGUGCAUAGCCUUAUAAAAGGAUUGUCAAGAGCGAAAGGAAGACACAGACAGAAGUGUUUUGCUACAGAAGCUUUAAUAGAGGCCGCAACUCCCUCUAGUUUGGGACGUGGUAUGUGAUAACAGUACAACGAUAGAGAGAAAGCAUCAUGAAGGUGACAAUCCUGCUCAUCUGCUCCUGCCUAGCCUGCGGAGGCCUGGGGAAGCCACAGUUUCCUGACCAAGAGAAAGAUCCCUUGUUCUGGAACACAUGGGCCCAGCGUACUUUGAAGAAUGCCCUCACACUUCAGAAGCUCAACCAAAACACUGCAAAGAACCUCAUCCAAUUCCUUGGUGAUGGAAUGGGCAUUCCCACAGUGACGGCAGCACGAAUACUGAAGGGGCAGCUGAGCAGACAGAGUGGGGAAGAGACCCAGCUGGAGAUGGACAAGUUCCCCUUUGUUGCGCUUUCCAAGACGUAUAACACCAAUGCCCAGGUGGCAGACAGCGCAGGUACGGCCACAGCAUUCCUCUGUGGGGUGAAGGCCAACGAGGGCACGGUGGGUGUGAGUGCAGCUGCCGUCCGCUCCCAGUGCAACACCACACAGGGCAACGAGGUCACCUCCAUCCUCAGAUGGGCCAAGGAAGCAGGCAAGUCAGUGGGAAUAGUCACGACAACGCGUGUGAACCAUGCCACCCCCAGUGCGGCCUACGCCCACUGUGUGGACAGGGACUGGUAUUCCGAUGGAGAGAUGCCUGCUGAGGCAGUACAGGCGGGCUGCAAGGAUAUCGCCAGGCAGCUCUUUGAGAACAUUCCCAACAUCGAUGUGAUUAUGGGAGGAGGGAGGAAGUACAUGUUCCCCAAAAACCAGUCAGAUGUGGAGUAUCCUGGAGAGAAGAAACACUUUGGUACCCGCAUCGAUGGAAGGAACUUGGUGGAGGAGUGGAAUAACAGAAUGAAAAACAAGAAAGCCCACUAUGUAUGGAACAAGAAGGAACUUUUAUCGCUAAAUCCUAAUAGUGUGGAUUACAUUUUGGGUCUGUUUGAGCCGGGAGAUCUUCCCUACGACCUGGAGAGAAACAAUGAGAGAGAUCCUUCCCUGACAGAGAUGGUGGAGGUGGCCAUCAAGAUCCUGAGGAAAAACCCCAGGGGAUUCUACCUGCUGGUGGAGGGGGGGCGCAUUGACCAUGGGCAUCACGAGGGUAAAGCCAAGCAGGCCCUGCAUGAGGCAGUGGAGAUGGACCGGGCCAUUGGCCACGCCGGCCUCAUGACCAGCAUAUAUGACACAAUGACUGUCGUCACUGCUGACCACUCUCACAUGUUCAACUUCGGAGGCUACACGCCAAGGGGGAACACAAUAUUUGGACUGGCUCCCAUGAUGAGUGAUGUGGACCAGAAGCCCUUCACCGCCAUCUUAUAUGGGAACGGACCAGGGUUCAAAGUAGUCAAUGGUCUGAGAGAGAACGUCUCCACCCUUGACUACGAGGAAAAUAACUACCAGGCCCAGUCUGCAGUGCCGCUGAGUAUGGAGACUCAUGGAGGAGAGGAUGUGGCUGUGUUUGCUAAGGGCCCCAUGGCUCACCUGCUGCACGGUGUCCACGAGCAGAACUACAUUCCCCAUGUCAUGGCCUAUGCUGCCUGCAUCGGCCAGAAUAGAGACCACUGCAUGUCAUCCAGUGGAGCCUCUAGUCUCAGCGCUGCUCUGCCCAGCCUGACAGCUCUCCUCACACUCACCCACCUCCUCUGCUGACCUUUCACCCCAGCCCCCCUCCUGCACCACACCCACCCCUCCUCUCUGUAUACAUGUAUUACUCUCACACCUUUUUUAUAGUGUCGAUAUAAUGUGGAUUUUAUUUUUUCUAAUGUUGAUUUUUUUUAAAUAAUUCUGUACAGUUUAAUUACUUUGGGACAACUGUAAGGACAUUUAAAGUGGAACUGACAGUGUUUUAACUACUUUGCAGAUAUGAAACAGAAAGACAAUCACAAUAUCAGUCAAAAAUAUCAAAUUCCCAGUUUAUGCUACAAAACCAACUUGAUAAGAGGUUUUAAAAAUUGGUUCUAUUUGGCUCAACAUUACAUGACGUACACUAAGGCAUUGCUGGCAGAAUAGAUGGAUGCAGUUCAAUGCAUGAUUAAUAAUAAUUCAUAUAUAAUUGGUAGUCGAAGAAAUACUGCUAUCAGCUUGUAAAUCACAGCUGGCCUGGUACAUUGUUUGCUGCCUCCAUUCGGGAUGCACUAUUUCAGUUUCAAUUACUCAAU